AUGAGUGAACCUAUAAGCAACAAACCGGAAGACGAAGAAAUGAUUGACGAAGAGUUCAACGAUGAGGAAGUCCAACUCAAAGACAACUCACCAAGUCAACACCAUCAACAUCUAUCCAAAGAAGAAAAGUCAAAACAACGACAACAGUCAUUAUCAGCUGCUGCUGCUGCCAGUGCUGCCGCUGCCGCACAAUCAAUCCCUGACUUGCCACAACUUACACGAAAGGAUAAAUCCCUUAAACAAGUUCUUGAUAUGAUGGAUGGGGAUUUUGCUCCAAUUAUACCCGAUGCAGUUACUGAUUAUUAUUUAGCUAAGAAUGGAUUUGAAACUUCAGAUAUUAAAAUUAAACGUUUAUUAGCACUUGCAACUCAGAAAUUUAUUAGCGAUAUCGCACAAGAUGCGUACGAAUAUAGUAGGAUCAGAAGUAGUAGUGCGGUGUAUAACUCGUCCAAUCCCCAGGUUAGAGCUAAACAAUUAUUACAGGGACAACAAUAUGCAAACCAGCAGUCAUUGGGAGGAGGUGCAGCAGGUGGCGCAGGAACUGAAGGCGAUCAAGCAGGAGCUGCGGGAGGACAACAACUGCAACAACAACAGUCAACUCAUUCGGGUAAUGCGGGUAACCAACAGGGUAAAAUAGUUUUAACCAUGGAAGACUUGAGUAGUGCGUUGAGUGAAUACGGAAUGAAUACAUCAAGACCUGAUUUUUAUAGAUAG